AUGGGAUCGUUAGAUUCAAAGUUGUGGAUCGGAGUCCUAAUCAUUGCAAUAUUAACAGUUGAUUUUCAUUUCGAAGGGAAAAUUGGAUCCUAUUUUGAUUUUAGAUUCCGCACCUCAUACUUUUCCAAACCAAGUACAGUAUCCCUUACUCUAGCAGAAAAAGAUAUUGAGGAGCAUUCUCCAGCUCCACUGUCCGUUUCAGAAGAAUCAAAACCGAUCGCUAUUGUAACUGGGAGCUACGAGACAGCUCACACGGGUCACAUGAAGCAUAUACGGGAAAUGUUCGAACACACUGGGUACCAAAUUGUAACCAAAAAUGAGCUAACUUUGGAUACAAAAUGGGAUGUUAUGUGGCAUCAUGAGUAUAGUUUCACUCAGGAACCAUUCAAAACGCUCAUUAAAAAUGCAUCACCUAAUCAAAUUGUUAAUCAUGUUCCUGGAUCUGGAUACUACACUAGUAAAGUUCAAUUGGCCACAUCCACAUUGUCAACCGGAGUUCCAAAGGCUUUUCAACUACCCGAAGAGAAAGAAAAAUUUGUAGAAUAUGCAGAGAAAAAUCCAGAAAUUCUAUGGGUUCAGAAAGACAAUACUCACAGAAAUAUCAAAAUUCGAUCGAUUGGAGACAUGGAUUUAGGCAAAAACAAUUCAUUCAUUCAGAAGUUUGUAGACAAUCCUUUACUAAUUGAUAACAGGAAAUUCGAUAUUGGAGUUUAUACAGUUGUCACAUCUCUUCUUCCUCUCCGAGUUUACAUUUAUGACGGAGAUGUGCUGAUCAGGUUUUGCCCGGAAGAUUAUCAUCCUUUUGGUGUUGAGAAUGUGGAUAAAUAUGUUGUUGGAGAUGAUUAUACUCCAGUUUGGGAGAUCAAAUCAUUGGAAAAGUACUUCAAUGUUCAAAAGAUGAGCUUCAGAAGCACUGUCGAUUCUUAUUUGGGAGUUCAAGGAAAGGAUUCAAGUAAAAUUUGGCAACAAAUCAGAAACAUUAUAGGAAAAGUGUUUCGAUCGCAGCAAACAAAAAUGCUGAAAAAUCUGCAGAGUCUGAAAUUAAAUCCUAAAUAUUUUGAGUUGAGUAGAUUCGACUUUGUUGUGGAUGAUGAAUUGAAUGUGUUUUUGAUGGAGGCCAACAUGUCUCCAAAUCUCUCAUCUGGACAUUUUAAACAAAAUCAGAUUCUCUAUGAAAAAGUCUUGAUGAACAUUUUUUCUUUGACAGGAAUUUCCAAGCAGUUCACUAAAGAUGCAUACAACCAGUUCAAAUCCCGCGCAUCUGAUCAGAAUCCACUUGUGAACUCUCGUGACAUCAAUCUUCCUCUCAAAUUUUGCGUUGAAGACAAGUGUGAAUCAUGCAACGAGGCACCCGAAUGUCAGCUUUGUGGUCACUGUAUGAGCAUAGAAACUCGUAAAACUUUAGAAGACACUUAUUUGGAGCAUAUUAACAGAAGACAAAUGAGGCGGAUAGAGUUAGAUUACGAAAACCAUCAGCCACUUACAAAAGAAGACCAUUUACUCUCCCUAUGGCUGAGAACAAAGUGUCAGAUGGACUAUAGUUGGUGUUGA